CUCACGUCAAGCACAUCCCUUAGCUCUGCGAAGUGUAAAUUAGUUUCAUUGCAAUGUUGAAAGUAUCGCUGGUCCUUUUGGCUCUAGUUUCCGUAGCUUACUCUUGUUUAAUUACAAACUGCCCAAGGGGUGGAAAAAGGGGAGAUCCUACUUUUUUGCUAGAAAACAUUGCAAGAGAAUGUCCAGCCUGUGGUCACGAAGAGCAAGGACGCUGCUUUGGGCCCCACAUCUGCUGUGGCCCGAGCAUGGGUUGCCACAUUGGCACUCUGGAAACUCUCAGAUGCAGGAAAGAAAGCUUGUACUCGAGGCCUUGCGUGGCAGGCUUUGCCAUGUGCCAGGGAAACAGCGGAAGGUGCGCCGCCAAUGGAAUUUGCUGCUCUCAAGAAUCUUGCUUCACUGACUCAGCAUGUAAACUGGUAGAUGAGAGUGGGAACGAUAGGAAGAUCGGUGCCGAGUUUGGUGCGUUUCUCUUGGAAAACGCCGGGGCGAAUGAGCGCAUUCUUAGAUGA